AUGCUGGCCAUUCGAGCUAUCCAGACCUCUGCCUCGCGGCACGCCGUGCGCGCAGCUCCCCGCGCUGCUGUGUCGUGGGCCGUCUACAACCGAUGCUACUCGACCGCUGGCGAAAAGGUGGCCAAGUAUAACGGCACCAAGGAUGCCAAUGGCAACUUUCUUGUCAGCUUGAUCGAGGGUGACGGUAUUGGCCCCGAGAUCUCCCAGUCCGUCAAGGACAUCUUUGCCGCCGCCAAGACCCCCAUUGCCUGGGAGCCUGUCGACGUCACCCCCAUCAUCAAGGACGGCAAGACCGCCAUCCCCCAGGACGCCAUCGACAACAUCGAGAAGAACAAGGUUGCCCUCAAGGGUCCCCUCGCUACCCCCGUUGGCAAGGGCCAUGUCUCCCUCAACCUGACCCUCCGCCGAACCUUCAACCUCUUUGCCAACCUGCGACCAUGCCGCUCCGUCGCCGGCUACGAGACCCCCUACGACAACGUCGACACCGUCCUGAUCCGAGAGAACACCGAGGGCGAGUACUCUGGCAUUGAGCACGUCGUCGUCGAUGGUGUCGUCCAGAGCAUCAAGCUCAUCACCCGCGAGGCCAGCGAGCGUGUCCUCCGAUUCGCCUUCCAGCACGCCGAGUCCAUUGGCCGCAAGAAGGUCCGUGUCGUCCACAAGGCCACCAUCAUGAAGCUCUCGGACGGUCUCUUCCUCAAGGUCGCCGAGGAGGUCGCCAAGGACUUCCCCGGCAUCGAGUUCGACGCCGAGCUCCUCGACAACAGCUGCCUCAAGAUGGUCACCGACCCCACCCCCUACAACGACAAGGUCCUUGUCAUGCCCAACCUGUACGGUGACAUUCUCUCUGACAUGUGCGCCGGUCUCAUCGGCGGUCUGGGCCUCACCCCCUCGGGCAACAUCGGUGACGAGUGCUCCAUCUUCGAGGCCGUCCACGGCUCCGCCCCCGACAUUGCCGGCAAGGGCCUGGCCAACCCCACCGCCCUCCUCCUCAGCUCCAUCAUGAUGCUGCGACACAUGGGUCUCACCGAGCACGCCUCCCGCAUCGAGACCGCCAUCUUUGAUACCCUCGCCGAGGGCAAGGCCCUGACCGGCGACCUUGGCGGCAAGGCCAAGACCCACGAGUACGCCCAGGCCAUCAUCUCGAGGCUGUAA